GGCUACAGUGUGACUGCGCCGGAAGUAGCGCGCGGCCGGACAACUUAUGGCGGCGGCGGCAGCAGCUGCUUGGGCGCGGUGUGGUGGUGAUUGAGCUACGAGCCUGGCGGCGGCUGUGCGCCAAGCCCCGGCCCGGCCCGGCCCCCGCGUGCCUCCCAGGCUCCGCACCCCUGAUGCUGCGCGGGUGCUGAGCCCGCUCCGGCCGGGACGAUGGUGAAGUAUUUCCUGGGCCAGAGCGUGCUCCGGAGUUCCUGGGACCAAGUGUUCGCCGCCUUCUGGCAGCGGUACCCGAAUCCCUAUAGCAAACAUGUCUUGACGGAAGACAUAGUACACCGGGAGGUGACCCCUGACCAGAAAUUGCUGUCCCGGCGACUCCUGACCAAGACCAACAGGAUGCCCCGCUGGGCCGAGCGACUGUUUCCUGCCAAUGUUGCUCACUCGGUGUACAUCCUGGAGGACUCUAUUGUGGACCCACAGAAUCAGACCAUGACCACCUUCACCUGGAACAUCAACCACGCCCGGCUGAUGCUGGUCAUCCUCUCUGGACCUGUCCUUCGACUCAUUCAGACAGUGGUGGAGGAACGAUGUGUUUACUGUGUGAACUCUGACAACAGUGGCUGGACCGAAAUCCGCCGGGAAGCCUGGGUCUCCUCUAGCCUAUUUGGUGUCUCCAGAGCUGUCCAGGAAUUUGGUCUUGCCCGAUUCAAAAGCAAUGUGACCAAGACUAUGAAGGGUUUUGAAUAUAUCUUGGCGAAGCUACAAGGCGAGGCCCCUUCCAAAACACUUGUUGAGACAGCCAAGGAAGCCAAGGAGAAGGCAAAGGAGACGGCACUGGCAGCUACAGAGAAGGCCAAGGACCUUGCCAGCAAGGCAGCCACCAAGAAGCAGCAGCAGCAGCAGCAUUUUGUGUAGCCAGCCCACCACCACCACAGCGCCCCAGACAGCUAGGCGUAGCCCCUCUGCCCUCCCUCCGCUGUACUUUAUCAUUCAAAAUCAACUUCCAGCCCUAUCUGCUGUCUGGGUGGUGGGUUGUGGGGAGGUAGUUUGGCAUCUGCAGGACACCAAGGCACGUGAUUCACAUCUGUGCCAGGUCUGCUUAUUCUCCCAUGGGGCAGCUGAGGACCGAGGCACAGAGGUGCGGUGACUUGCCCGGGGCUCCAGGUAGCCUGCAGGUUAACUGGCGGUAAGUGCUAGACUGUAAACCCCACGAGGGCAGGGCUUUUUGUUUUGUUCUCUGAAGUGUUUCAGUAUCUAGCACAUAAUAGACACUCAAUAAAUACUUAUUGAAUUCAGUCAGCCCCA